AUCAAGCUCCCGUAAACAGACUGAACUGAACCCAUUGCCUUGACGGAGCCCCAGAGAGAGUGUGGGUCUGUAGUUACCUUCAGGGUUUGAAGAUAUUUGACAGACAUACAUUCACCUGGUUCUCAAGACAUUGUUAAAGCCAGUUUAGCUGCAUCCACUACAAAGCCAUUGGAGAAUGUUUGUGUAUAUUGGGGGCAUUUUGUUAAUCUGGUAUCUGUGCUGGUGGAUGCGAGAUAAGCUUAUGAUCGAAAGAGUCUCAGACAAGUACGUGUUCAUCACGGGCUGUGACACUGGCUUUGGCUACCUCGCUGCAAAGACACUUGACCGACAUGGAUUCCGUGUAUUUGCUGGUUGUCUGACUGAGAGCGGUUCUCAAGAGCUGAAGAAAGAGACCUCAGAAAGACUGAAAACCGUGAAGCUGGAUGUCACUAAUUCAAACAGCAUCGAGAAUGCAACUGAGCAGAUCCGAAGUGCAGUGGGAGACAGAGGUCUCUGGGGUCUAAUAAACAACUCAGGAAUAUCAGGAAUCCUCUGUCCUACAGACUGGUUGAAAAUCGAACAUUUCCGGACUCCAAUUGAAGUUAAUUUACUCGGAAGUAUUGAAGUGACAUUAAAAUCGCUCCCUCUGAUAAAAAAAGCCAGAGGAAGAGUGGUGAACAUAAGCAGUGUACUUGGCCGUUUGGCCUUGGGAGGUGGAGGAUACUAUCCAUCGAAGUUUGGAAUGGAAGCAUUCAAUGACAGCUUAAGGCGUGACAUGAGAAGUUUUGGAAUCAAUGUUUCUUGCAUUGAACCCGGAGUAUUCGAAACCAAGCUGACUGAUUGCAGUAAACACCGGGCGGAAAGGAGAGCCAUGUGGGACAGCUUACCUUCUGAGGUGCAAAAACAGUACGGAGAGGAUUAUUUAAAACAAAUGGAUGAUAAAAAGGAUGAAGCAGUGAAACGAUUGUUGAACACAGACCUGUCCCUGGUUGUGUGGUGUAUGCAGCACGCUCUAACAGCUAAAUAUCCACGGACUCGAUAUAGUGUCGGCAUUGAUGCCAAGCUACUGUGGAUCCCUUUGACAUACUUACCGACAUUUGUAGCAGACUAUCUGUUAACCAAGGAUACAGUAAAGAUAGUCGAUCCAAACGCUAUCUAGCAAGAGAAGAAACACCAUGAGUAAACAAGAUAAGUGAGCUGGGAUUUCAGUGCUGGAUGAACAUUUGGAUUUGGGCACAGCCCUGCAAUGUUGUUUGAAUUCAUGUUACCAUAUACAAAGGCUUUCCUGGAUUCAGUUAAACAUUGGUUAAAGGAAAAUGAAAUUAAACUGUGCUGACUCUUGCAGAUUGCAUUUUGGGCUAAGAAUUGAAGGAAUCUUUUUUAUGUUUAAGAAUAAACUACAAACAGACAGACAAUUCAUCUGAAUCUAUUUUUCUGCUAUAUCUUGCCUCCUUCAAGACCUGUUUCAAGACUCUCCUCUUCAACCGCGUGUUUGGUCACCCUCCAAACCCUACCCUCCAUUCCCUCCAAAUCCCAACCCCUGGCUCGGGUCGAAACCCCUGAUUGUCCAGCGCUUUGCGACGUCCUCCCGACGUGAAAAGCUCUGUGUAAGUGUCAUUUGUUGUUGUUGUUGUUUGUCAUUCCUAACUUGUUUCCCUGAUGAAGUAUGUGCCAAUUAGUCAACUUGUUACUGCACCUCAAUAAAUGUCCUGGUGAAAUGUUGUGAACAACGUAUAUUUUUAUCGAAUUUCCGUCGGGGAAGUAGAUAUCUCCUGAACUGCUAACAUUCUAGGUGGUUUGUAAUUCAUUAUCCUGUUAUGAAGUAUACUGUUGACAGAUUUAUACUAUACUUGCAUUUGAUAAAGCAUCUUUCACAUCAGGACAACGUCCCAAUGUACUUCACGUGAUACACUGUGAAGUGCAGUGACUGUAUUUUUGUAGGUAAACACGACAGUCAAUUUGCACGUAACAUGAGGAGCACUUCAAUGUCAUGAAGUGAAUAAUUAAUCUUAUCCUGGGGCCAUAACACCAAGAGACACUCCCUCCUCUUUUCAAACAGUGUCGUGGCAUCUUUCACAUCCACCUGAACAGGCAGACAGGACCUAGGUUAAACAUUGCUAAAGAAUUGGCCAUUUAUGCCAUAAAAUCAAGAAAUAUUCAAACA